AGAACAGCUUAUGGCUUAUACUAUUAUACCGGGAAGUAGGCUAUAGAGAAUCUUACUUCACACCCCAUAAAACUCAACUCAUCGGGGAAGAAAGACUGAAAAGUGGGAAACAGUUGAAUGAAUUCUUGCUCAGGAAGAAGGCCCAUAACCAUGGCUUCCUUAUCGUCUUUACCUCAAACUACCAUCUCCGACAUCCUCUCUCGGUUACCCGUCAAAUCCCUAAUCCGAUUCAAAUCCGUUUCCAAACACUGGGCCGACCUCACUUCGAACCCUGUUUUCAUUGCAACCCAUCUCCGCCGCUCCUCUCCGGACCCAAAUCUCCUCAUCCGCCGAUACCACUCCCAAUCUGGUUCGGACCACGGAAUCUGGCUCAUCACUGACCCAACUCUAAAUUUCGGCACCCAGCUGCUGCGCGCCCCCAUGGAGGAAUCACUCGUUAGUUUCCCCAAAAUCGUGGGUUCCGUCGAUGGUUUGGUUUGUCUCGAUAUUUCCCCCUGUUAUGCUUCUGAUUUCGUUAUGUGGAACCCUGGAACCAAACACUUUAAACAUCUCCCUUUGCCUUUGAUUACUUCCUCAAGAGAUAACCCUAUUUGGAUGGUCUUUCUUGGGUUCGGUUUUGAUUCCUUUAACAAUGAUUAUAAACUAGUUAGGAUUGUUUCUUUUAGAGGAAAUGACGAGUCCCCUUUUCUAAGGGUUGAAGUUUAUUCAUGGAGAGAGGGGGUUUGGAAAGAAAUAGAAGAACGUUUCGAGUUAGCUCAGUUAUGUGGAGGGAAAGAUGGAAUGGUUGUUGAUGGUAGUUUGAAUUGGGUGGCCAUUGGUUUACAAAGAUUCUCUGAUAGGAAAGUUGUUGUCUCCUUCGACAUGGGAAGAGAGGUGUUUAAGACAGUACCAUUGCCACCGGUUACUCGGUCUGGUAAUGUUGUUGUUGUGUCUUACAUGGGAUUACUGGCUGUUGCUGUAUAUCCCUUGAUUUUUGCUGCUAGUGGUAAUCAUAUGAAUCGGUUCGAGUUUUGGGUACUAAGUGAUUGUGAAGACGGGAUGAAACGAUGGGCUAAUUUGGUUGUGGUUGAGAAUUUUUCAAAGUCCUUGGUUCCAGUGGGUACAUGGAGAGACCGUGAGCUGGUGUUCAAAUAUACGGGAGUUAGAGACCGAGAACAUCAGUCGAGCAUCUUUUUGUUCGAUCCGGUUGAUCAAAGAACAAGAAGGCUUGCAAUUGAUUGCGUUGAUUUCUGUUUUGAAAGUUUCAGUUAUGUGGAGAGCUUGGUGCCAGUCAAUUGCACAAGGUAAUGAUGAUAGUGGUGCAAAAGCAUAACAGCAGUUAGGUCAUUUUGGUCUAUUUCUCUAACUGCUUAGGCUUUUAGUUUAAUUAGGUAUAAAACUGUUAGAAGGCUUUAGAUGAAAUAUCUCUUUUUGUUUCAUAAAUGAAUAUGGAUGGAUAUUGUGUCUAUAGUCUUUUGGUAUAUUACAUGGUGAACUUAGCAAUGGAUUGCUCUUUCCUGCAAUUAUGACAUGUUUUCUGAUGAGAUUUCCUGCAUCAUUACUGUUUUACUUCUUUAUAUAUGUUUGUGUGAUGAUUUCCAUAGAACAUUGCAAGUCAUACUUAUUAGAGACCCUGUUGCAAUGUGACUGAAUCAGAGAACUUCCAACAAAUUAGAAUAGUUAUUCCGUAUGGCGUAGUUCUCGUUAUUGGCCUACUCGGAAAAAUCGAUGGCUCUUUGGGUAGCUGGAAGUCUGCUGCAAGCCUGUGAUUUGACCCUUACUCUUUUCAUGUGAUUAUUUAGUUAGUAGUAUGUCAAUAUAAAUAGAGAGAUUAGUAGAUUCUGAUUGAU